AUGCUAAAGCUUAAUAUGCUUAACCAUACUGAUGGAAAUGUGUCUGUAUGUACUGAUAUUGGGGAUUUGGAAAUUACAAUUUCUGGUACAAAAAUCCUGAUCAUUGUGAUUGUAUCAUUAGUUAUAUUUCUCACAAUUUUUGGUAAUUUUCUUGUGAUGUUAGCUUUCAUUGUAGACAAGAGGCUCAGAACACAGAGCAAUUUCUUCCUAUUAAAUCUGGCUAUUUGUGAUUUUUACGUUGGAGCUUUCUCUACACCAUUAUUUUUACCAUACGUUGUAACUGGGAAGUGGAUGUUUGGAAGGAUUGUUUGCAAACUCUGGUUAACAAUCGAUUAUACAGUGUGUGUGGCAUCAUCGUUUAGUGUUGUCCUUAUCAGCUAUGACAGAUUUCUUUCAGUCACCAAGGCGGUUCUAUAUCGAUCCAAGCAAAACAAACUCAGUCAGACUGUCCUUAAAAUGGCCGCUGUCUGGAUAUUGUCGUUCCUACUCUAUGGUCCAGCUAUUCUGUUCUGGGACAGAAUCUUUGGAGGAAAUAACAUUCCUGAUAGCAUUUGUGAGGCCGAUUUCUUUGAUGUUUGGUAUUUUAAUUUUGGAACAUCUAUUUUCGAUUUUGUGCUGCCUCUGAUAAGCAUUUCAUUCUUCAAUCUGAGCAUCUACUGGAACAUAGAAAAGCGCAGUAAAAAUAAAAAAUCUUCUUCUGUAUCUCAUCCUCUAAAAAAAAAUCAGAAAACCCCAUACAUCAUCGCAACUAACACUGUCCUUUUUACAGCAUCCGCACAACAGAAUGCGGAUCUUAGAGCACCUGCAAAGAAGAGAAUUAAGAGACUUUUAAGACAAUAUUUAUGCUGUAAAGAAUUGCCCUCCUAUCUAACAAACAGUUACCUUAAUACAAAUGACGUUCAAAUCAUUCAGAUUUAUCGAGACAAGAAAGUUGCUAAAUCUCUUUUAAUUCUAAAGCAGAGUCUCUUUGAGAAAUGGAAUCCAACUAUAGACCAAACUUCAUAUGAAAAAGUGAAACACAUUAAAAGACUAUAG